GAGUAGAGAACGGAUGAAGGUCCUCCACAUUCAUCAAGACAUUGUCAUCACGAUGACAUCUCUGAAGUUGGCUUUGCAUCUGACCUGUCUUUGCUUGUGGAGAAUAGCUCCGGCAUCUACUCAACAACUUGAAAGGUCUCCAUCUGUGCGUCAGGAGAUGGGUUUUAUAUCAGCUAAUGUUGGCAAUAACGUGAAAUUAGAGUGUUUCUAUAAGAAUUAUGGCGCAGCAAUGUUCUUCUGGUACAAGCAAUCACUGGGACAGAAACCAAGGCUCAUCUCAACCUUCUAUAAGCAUGAGAAAAAUGGCACAUUUGUUGAUGAAUUCAAGAACGAUCUACGUUUCACACUAGAAUCUAAAAAUGGAAAGUACGACCUGACAAUCUCGGAGUUACGCAUUUCUGACUCAGGUACUUACUACUGUGUAAGUAUCUAUGCCUACGAGUUUCAGUUUGUCAUGGGCACCACUGUCGAUGUGAAAGGUUCAGGUUUGAAGAUCCAAGCUACGGUCCAUCAGUCAGCGUCUGAGAGCAUCCAGCCAGGAGGAUCUGUGACUCUCAACUGUACAGUACACACUGGGACCUGUGAUGGAGAACACAGUGUUUACUGGUUCAAGAACUUGGAAGAAUCUCAGCCAGGACUCAUUUACACCCAUGGAGGCAGGACUGAUCAGUGUGAGAGGAAACCCAACACACAAACACACACCUGUUUCUACAACCGGCCUAUCAACAAUCUCAGUCUUUCUCAUAAUAUGACCUACUACUGUGCUGUUGCCUCAUGUGGACACAUUCUCUUUGGAAACGGGACAAAGCUGGAAUCACUGAAUGAGGUGCAAUCUCCCAAAUCUCUUGUGAAUAUCUUGAGCGCAGCUUUGGCUUUCACCACCAUCCUGGUUGUUUUACUGUCCUUCUCAGUGUACAAAGUGAACAAGAGAAACAGCUGCCAGUGUACAGAGUGUCGAACAGCUUCCAACACAGCAAAUGCCGAGGGUUACCAAGAUGUAGACAACCUCCAUUAUGCUGCGUUAAGGGAUCCCAGGACCAACAGAUCAAGAAAAGAGAGAGACGACACCGUCAGUGAAUGUGUGUACUCCAGUGUAAGGCACUAGAAUGGACGUGUUUCAGGUGUACUUGGUUUUUUGGUAGACUUUGUGGUGAACACCUGUUUUGUAAACACC